GUCACCCGCACGGCAGCGCCCCGCCCACAGGGGCGCGCUGGACCGUGACGUCACUGGUCGCCGACGGCGCGCUUUCGUGACGCAGCCCAGGUCUCGGGGAAGAUGGCCGCGCUGGGGAAACCCGCGCGGUUUGCAUUGCUACCGUUGCUGCAGGUGGUCCAGGCUUGGGACCUUGGCGCGAGGCGCUGGGUCCGAGCGCUGCGGCGGAGCCCAGUGAAAGUGGCGUUUCCUUCCGGAGAGGUGGUGGAACGGAAGCGCGCUCCUGGGAAGCAGCCGCGCAAGGCAGCAUCCGAAGCCAGUGCCCACAAGCCACAAGAGAAACAGCCGCUUGAGGUGUCCCCAUCCCACACUCCCAGCACCUGGGAAGAGUCUGGGCUUCGCUACGAUAAGGCUUUUCCCGGGGACAGGAGGCUGAGCAGUGUGAUGACAAUAGUCAAGUCCAGGCCAUUUCGGGAAAAACAAGGGAAGAUCCUGCUGGAGGGUCGCAGGCUCAUCGCAGACGCUCUCAAGGCUGGAGCUGUGCCAAAGAUUUUCUUCUUUAGCCGUGUAGAAUACCUAAAGGAGCUGCCAGUCGAUAAGCUGAAAGGUGUCAGCCUCAUUAAGGUGAAAUUUGAAGAUAUCAAGGAUUGGUCUGACCUAGUAACGCCGCAAGGAAUAAUGGGGAUUUUUGCCAAACCUGAUCAUGUUAAGAUGACAUAUCCAAAGGCUCAGCUUCAGCAUUCACUGCCUUUAUUAUUGAUUUGUGACAAUCUCCGUGACCCUGGGAACCUCGGGACAAUUCUGAGAUCUGCAGCUGGGGCAGGCUGCAGCAAAGUGUUACUCACCAAAGGCUGCGUGGAUGCCUGGGAGCCCAAAGUGCUCCGGGCGGGUAUGAGCGCACAUUUCCAGGUGCCCAUCAUCAACAACCUGGAAUGGGAAACUGUGCCCAAUUACCUGCCCCCUGACACCCGCGUCUACGUGGCUGACAACUGUGGCCGUUACGCCCAGGCUCAGGUGUCUAAUAAAGCCAGUGACCAUGGCUGGCUGUGUGACCGGCGAGCCUUCAAGUCUCACAGGUAUGAGGAGGAGGAAGAUGUAGAAACUGGGACCAGUCAGGAUUGGCUGCCCAAUGUUGAGGUUCAGAGUUACGACUUGGACUGGACUGAGGCGCCGGCGGCCGUGGUGGUGGGUGGGGAGACCCACGGCGUGAGCUUGGAGUCCCUACAGUUGGCCGAGAGCACUGGUGGCAAGCGGCUGCUGAUCCCCGUCGUUCCCGGCGUGGACAGCCUCAACUCGGCCAUGGCGGCGAGCAUCCUGCUUUUCGAAGGGAGGAGACAGCUGCGGGUGAGGGCGGAGCACCUGCACAGGAGUUCCCACUGAGAAGGACGCAGAAGUGAGUUCUGCUUGGGGACGCCUCCAGCUCCCCCUGCACCUGCACACCAUGAGUGAGGAGGCCGGCAGUUGGUGACUGUGGCCCAUGUCUGGGGAAGGUGUGAUGCCAUCAUACGGUUACAGGAAAAAUAAGAACUUCCUCGGAUGGAACAGGUCAGAGUUCUUCCCGAGGCCUCCCGUCAUGUCACUGAUCUCGAGGUUGUAUCUUUUUUCCUUGGUGACAACACAAAUAGGUGAUCCACGUGGCUCUGUGUUUUUAAACAUUGUCCACCAAGAACCAUUUCGUGGCGGGAAAGUUCCUAAGGCAUCUUCCUGGGCAGGGAGGAGUCCCUUCCACCAGCUGGUGGGUGUUUGUGAUCGUCAAGCAUGAGUUGUAGGUCUCGGCCACGCCACUCACAGCUCAUCACUGGUUGAUGGAAAGUGAACAAUAAACAGCAGACGACAUUAAAAGUUGCCUUUGUGA